CCCGGGAGCCAGGCGUCGCCGACGGGGCGGGGCCGGGGCGGGCCGGGGGCGGGGCCUGCGCCGGCACCGGGUCUGCCGGGCGCUGGGCCAGCCGCGUAAACACCGCUGGAGCGGCGCGGCGGAGCAGGAUUGCAGAGUACCUUCAGGCUUCAAUUCCAGCUUAGAAGCCAGAGGAAUCCAUCCCAGCUGCUCUGUUCUCCUUCAGGAGCCAGGACAGAUUCCGAGAAGUAGCAUUUCAGGAUCAAAAGGGGAUCUCAGACCAACCACAGGGUAUUCAGGAGAAAGCACUGCUCAUUCUUUCACGCCCCCAUUCAGCGAGCAAGUUGUGCAGAGCAGUAAGUAAGUGUGCUAAGGCACUUGCGGAGGCAGGGCCAUGCUCACAUUCAUGGCCUCUGACAGCGAGGAAGAAGUGUGUGAUGAGCGGACGUCCCUGAUGUCGGCCGAGAGCCCCACGCCGCGCUCCUGCCAGGAUGGCCGGCAGGGCCUGGAGGACGGAGAGAGUGCCGCCCAGUGGAGAAGCCAGGAGAGUGAGGAGGACCAUGAGGACGAGGACCCUGACCGCUACGUCUGCAGUGGGGUUCCUGGGCGGCCGCCGGGCCUGGAGGAGGAGCUGACCCUCAAAUACGGGGCAAAGCACGUGAUCAUGUUGUUUGUGCCUGUCACGCUGUGCAUGAUCGUGGUGGUGGCCACCAUCAAGUCCGUGCGCUUCUACACAGAGAAGAAUGGACAGCUCAUCUACACGCCGUUCUCAGAGGACACGCCCUCGGUGGGCCGGCGGCUCCUCAACUCCGUGCUGAACACCCUCAUCAUGAUCAGCGUCAUCGUCACCAUGACGAUCUUCCUGGUCGUGCUCUACAAGUACCGCUGCUACAAAUUCAUCCACGGUUGGCUGAUCAUGUCCUCUCUGAUGCUGCUCUUCCUAUUCACCUACAUCUACCUCGGGGAAGUGCUCAAGACCUACAAUGUGGCCAUGGACUACCCCACCCUGUUCCUGACCGUCUGGAACUUCGGGGCGGUGGGCAUGGUGUGCAUCCACUGGAAGGGCCCCCUGGUGCUGCAGCAGGCCUACCUCAUCAUGAUCAGCGCGCUCAUGGCCUUGGUGUUCAUCAAGUACCUCCCGGAGUGGUCCGCCUGGGUCAUUCUGGGUGCCAUCUCCGUGUAUGAUCUUGUGGCUGUGCUAUGCCCCAAAGGGCCACUGAGGAUGCUGGUGGAAACCGCCCAGGAGAGAAAUGAGCCCAUAUUCCCUGCCCUCAUAUACUCAUCCGCCAUGGUGUGGACCGUGGGCAUGGCCAAGCUGGACCCUUCCUCUCAGGGAGCCCUUCAGCUCCCCUAUGACCCAGAAAUGGAAGAAGACUCCUAUGACAGUUUUGGGGAGCCCUCAUACCCUGACGUCUUUGAGCCCCCACUGCCUGGCUACCCGGGGGAGGAGCUGGAGGAAGAGGAGGAAAGAGGCGUGAAGCUUGGCCUCGGAGACUUCAUCUUCUACAGUGUGCUGGUGGGCAAGGCAGCCGCCACGGGCAGCGGGGACUGGAACACCACACUGGCCUGCUUUGUGGCCAUCCUCAUCGGUUUGUGUCUGACCCUCCUGCUGCUCGCCGUGUUCAAGAAGGCGCUGCCUGCCCUCCCCAUCUCCAUCACGUUCGGGCUCAUCUUCUACUUCUCCACGGACAACCUGGUGCGGCCUUUCAUGGACACCCUGGCCUCCCACCAGCUCUACAUCUGAGGGGAAGCGGGCCCCGUGGUCUGGAAGCUCUAGGAAAUGGCAACCGGAGGCAGCUGUAUAAUUUUACACUCUAGUGCCAUAUAUUUUUAAGACUUUUCUUUCCUUUAAAAGAAAAUGAGAAUGAAAAAGGGUUGUGUUAACUUCGUGAAGAGGAAGGACCAGCUUUGUGGUGCUAGAGGUUUUGUCACCGGGCGUGUCUCACCCCCUCGUGAGCACUCGCCUCACCGGCAGGAAACCCAAGAAGUCAGGCCAGAGGCGCUGAGGACAGUUCCGAGACGUGGGGGGCGCGGGGAAGGCCCCUUGCUCUCAACCCCCAGUCUGGCGUCCUCGGAGGAGGGCCCAGACAGAGGACAAGGCAAGGAUAUCUGGGACCGGGAGGCCAGGCCCGGGAUGGCACGUAGCGCCUGGUCACUCUGACUGGAGAGGAAAAGCCAAUUUUCUCUGCGAGGAAUGUUCCCAAUGCUUUGUCUAUGAUGUCAUCAUUAUUUUAUUACCUUUAGAGUCCUUGUCACGGCAGUCAUUGCUGGGAAGUGUCUUAAUAUCACCAUCAAUAAAUAGCCGAAUCCUGUCACA